AUGGAUUCAGGGCAUGGACUCCCUGUUUCUGCUGAGCCAGGACUGACUCAUGACAUCCUUGUAUCUCGCACGUCGGUCCGGCAAAAAGCCUGCAAUCAAGUGACAGGAAGGUGCAAGGGAGGCGGUUUGGAGUCGUCUCCAAGAAAUAAACUCUACAUGUCGACUCCGGAAAAACGGAAGUUCUCCCAAAAACAAGAGGGUCCAACACCAGCUUUGACUAUCUUCGUCGCUUACGCUCCAACAUCAAGCUACGAAGAAGAAGAAGUCGAAGCUUUCUAUAUGGACCUGGAGAAGUUCUAUCGAGAAGAUCAUGCCUUCUACAAGGUCAUAAUUAGCGAUUUGAACGCCAAAGUUGGCCCAAGAAGAACGCCUGAAGAACUCUACAUCGGGACUCACGGCCUACAAUGGAAUGAACAGGGGGAUAGGCUCUCCGAGUUUAUCAUGACGACUAAGACCAUCCAUGGGAACUCGCAAUUCCAGAAGCCCUCCUCUCUACGCUGGACGUGGGAAUCACCCGGUGGAGGGCACCGUAAUGAAAUAGACCAAAUUAUUGUCAAUAAGAGGUUCUGUCUGACGGACGUCGCUGUUGUGCCAAAGUUCUACACGGGAUCGGACCAUCGCCUUCUUCGGAAGAUUUUCUUUCACACGGAGAGGAGAAAAACCGCGAAGUUAACUAAGCAAACUCCCAGAACUAUCACUAACUGGGAUCUCUUACGCUACGUUUCUACGCUAGCCGGCUUUUGGGAAGAUUCCGCAAUGGACAACAUCGACGAGGAAUAUGACCCACAGGCACGGCACUCGGUCCUGACAGAUUAA